GACUCGCGUCAGUCGCGUGCGUGCGUGCUCCCGACUCCCGAUGUAAACAAACGAGACGACAACUGGGUGUCUACAAUUUUACUAAUCUAGAUAUAGAUAUCUAGAUCUACUAAGUUGUGGUUUAUAAUCCAGUUUCCAAGAGUCUUUUCUCGUCUGCUUUGCCGUUUGCCCUUUCAGUUGCUGACACAACAAUGGCAUCAUUCUGCCCAGUUUUUGUCGACAAAUAUGAUCCACUGAAAGCAGGAAGUAUUGAUGGCACAGAUGAAUACCCUCAUGAUAAAGGUGUGGUUAGGGCACUGAAUGCAGUUUAUAAGCCCAACAGAUUUGUGAAAGGAGCCCCGGAAUGUACUGUUUUUGUUGGUCGCCUGAACCCAAACACUGUUGAAGAAACCAUAGAAGAUUCUCUUAAGGACUUCGGAAAAAUUCUAAGUGUCAGAAUUGUUCGGGACAUUGUCACUGGUUUUUCAAAGUGUUACGGAUUUGUGGAGUUUUCUGAUCCUUACGAGGCUAGAGAUGCCUGUAAGAAUGGAAAUAAAAUUGUCAUUGAUGAUCAUGAGAUUUUGGUAGAUUCAGAAAAGGAAAGAACUCUUAAAGGAUGGAUUCCACGACGAUUAGGAGGUGGCAUCGGAGGAAAAAGGGAGUCUGGUCAACUGAGAUUUGGUGGUAAAGAUAGGCCUUUCAAAAAACCAAUACAGACUUUGCACCAAGCCCAGGAUUACAAAGACUUUGGUUUCAAGGAUUAUUCAAGGAAUUCAAGGAGAGACAAAGGCAGAGAUGAUUAUCAGAAUCGAAAUAGAGAUCGUUAUAGGUGACCAAAAACAAUGUUAAAUACAUUGUAAGUCCUGACUGUCGGGGCAGAGAUUGCAUCAGUCUCUCCUCCACCUUCCAUCAAUUUGGUGUUUUGAAGGACUGGUUCCAUUUCAGUUGCUUUCUUUUUUAAAGCGACGUGAUUGUUUUGUUAACAUCAAUUCUAGUUCUAGCAUGAGAGCAUUAUGUGGAUUAGCCGAUCCACAAACAUCACUCGCCGCACCACUCAAAGUUACAGAUUGCCCAUCCUUAACGCGGAUGUAAAAGAACUGCUUUAAAAAAGUGUUAUUUAGAACAGCUACAUUGGCCCCCAGAACAUCUGAAGGCAGUCCAUGAGCAGUCAGUAAAUCCUAUUUUUUUGGUACAAAGAACAAGAACAAUAAUAGGGGGGAAAUGUGCAUUAUGCAACUCGUUCUUUUCCUCAACAACUGCUAUAAUUACUACUAAGGACUUGAAUCUAUGGCAAAGGGGAAACACUUAUAAAUAUUUUCAGUGGUCAAAUUGUAUACAUUUUGUAUCUACAUCAUACGACGUACCGGUACUCUAAGGCUCUAUGUAAGGUAUCGAAUAAGCGUAAAAUUUAGUUGUUAGUAGAUCUUGUUAGUACAUGUAGUUAUAAGUGGUUUGUAGUUUUUUAAAAAAAGAAAACAAAAAAUUUUUUUUUAAAAUAGGACCCUUUUAGGGCCGCACCCGUUGUCACCUCUUAAUUAAACACGAGAUUUAGGUGCAGCUAUAAUUGGCCACACGAAGGUUCUUGCCAUCAAUGGGGGGAAUGGAAACUUACUGCGGCCAUGCAUGGGUGCACAAAGUAAUGGUUAUGUUAAACAAAACCAAGCAAAACAGGGUUAGUUUAAAGCAUCUAAAACUGCCUAAGUAGCGUUUUAACACAAAAAUGCUCAGUAAAAUCCAAGCUGGCAUAUACUUACCGAAAAUGGGAAAGCGAAAAUUCAGGGUGGUCAAAAUCAAAGUUGAGGCUUUGCCCACGGGAAGAAAGAGAAAGUCACUUGAUUGCAACUUUUAAUCAACUCAAUGUUUAUAAUACAGGGAAUCGCCGCCGUAUUAAAGGGGAAAAGGUUACAGAGAGGUGAGACAAGAGCCGUGGCCGCACCAGUAAGUCUCUACUCUAGUCCUGCAAUAGGGUGAAUCUCUACUAAACAAUCAAGCGUGAGGAGCCAAUUGAGAAGGAAGCUGGAUUCCUCACCACUUAUUGUCUUAGUAGCCUUUGGGUUUGACUUUUCAGUCCCCAUAGUCUCUUCCUCGGUUGGCUUGUCCCCACCACGGACCACAGAGCAGCCAAGCACCAACCGUUCUUUCCGAUAUGCCGAAGGUAGAGCAAAACAUAUGCUAUGCCUGCACACUUGCAACUUUCUCCCUGCUGGAAAUUGUAGGAAAUAUUCUAUGGGAUUACCCCUUCUACUCUACUCACUUUUUACAAUUUUCUUUACAACAACCUUUCAAUUAUCCUUGCUUGUAACAUGUCUUCCAUCGCUUUCUCUACUAUUAGUACUAUCUCCCUAUUCUUGAGUGGCGUGUGGUAUGGUUUGAGUCUGAUUGGGGGGGCUAUCACCUGUGUCUUGGAGAAGGCGAAUUAUAUGUCCUUGUUUCUUCGUACCAGCUCUCUUACCCAUCCUAAUUCUAUGUUCUGAAAGACAAUGCAAGUCGGUCUCUAGUCCAUCUUCAAACUGAUCGCUCCUUUUAGACUCUUAUAGUCUACCACAUUUUCACUUAUCACCCUUUCUAUCCUGCCAAUUGCACAGCUUCUUUGUAACCUUUAAAUAGUUUUGUUUAUGUUGUUUGCUAUCAUAACUGACACAUAUCGUUCUUCGUUAUCUUAGGCAGUUUGACUACUGCUGCACCCAGUAAAUCCCAGGAGUGUUGCUAAUUAAACCUUGGUAAGGGGGAAGUAUUUGUAAGACAUUAGAUCUAUCUGGUUCCAAAUAUAAUGGUUGUACCCUUAUUUGUGCAGUUACCAUUGGUGGUGUGUGGUUUAAGCACAUCGUGUCGGAGUCUUAACAAGGAUGCAAUGUGAACAUCUUCCUCCGAAUCUACGCAGGUACCUUUAACCUGUAACUUUUUACGGUCAAAAUACAGCCUCGCGCCGUUGUCCACGAACCAGUCUCAUCUGAAGAUUACAUUUCUAUUCAUCUCCUCAACAACAUAGAAAGAGUGGGUCGUUUUUACACCACCUAUGGAGAAAAAAAUAUCUGCACGUCCGUCAACUUUCAAUAAAUUUCCGCCCACUGACUGUAAAUUUACUCUUUUUCUUCAGUAAACCUUUGUUACAAAGUGGAUCAAAUGUCUUCCUCUUUAUCAAACUUACUUCUGCCCCUGAAUCAACUAAGGCUCUUAAGUUUCUGCCUCGAGAAGUUGAGAAACUGGAAUUUGGGGAACCUGCAACAUUUGUCCGAUAUGUUACUGGAUUGUUCAGUGGGCCACCCUCGUAUUUCCUGUUCUUUCUGGGAAGGCAGCCGGGUAGUUUCUUGACCUCUUUCACCUCAUAGUGGUCUGCAACUGACUGCUUCAGUGAUUUCCAUUGUUCUCCAAGGCUUUGCGAUUCUGUUCGCAGCCCUUCAGCGGUGACGCUGUCGUCAAAUCUCAGUAAAUACUUUUUCAGCUCUUCCAUAGCCUCUGAUGGGACUUCACCAAAGUUUCUUGGAUGAAGAAGGAACAGGUCAGCAAACAAUCUAGGCACUGCAGAUCCUUUUAAAUCUUUAUUCAGUGCUGUUAACAAGGGUGUCUACAAUUAAUUUGUACACUUCAACACGAUAUUUCUUCAUUGGGUCAGCUGUUGAUGUAGCUUCGUCUGUACAGAAUUCAUCAUCCAUUCGUCUGCGUCGUCUUUGCCAUUUCAAGGGAAGCGACUCUUCCACGAACGAAUGUGUUCUCUCCUCAUAGCUAAUAACAGCUCGCGACCAAAAACAUCAAGCAAGUUUUGUAGCCAUUCAGUUGUGUAGAUAUAUAUUACACGCUGACACUGGUGGCA